UCUGAAAAACUGCAAGUGCAAAGGCGAGAGGUUUUUCUCCACAACCAUUCCACGUCUCGCACUUUGCAAGUGGUUAUCUGAAUUUGGACAUAAAUUCAUAAACUUUUGAUUUUCUCUGUCCUUUUUCUUUACAAUUCAUAGAGAACUGAUUCGCGCUGCUUUUUCAAUUUACAUUUUUUUUUAGAAAAAGGGUAAGCACCAAAACCCUUUACAGAUAAAUGUUUAAUUAGCCGUCGUUGAUUAUUAGCUAAAAAACCCAUUUCAAGAAUUGAAGCAGUAUGGAUUUCUCUGUAGAUGAAUCGCCGGCGGCGAAAGUUCUUGGCUCGCUUUUUAAACUCACCGAAGUUCACUUGUGGGACGAUGGUUCAAGUGAAGUGGCGGAAUCAUCUUAUGCUCUAGAAUCCAUUAAACUUGUCACCGAUGAGUGUGAGAGGAAUGAUUACGUCAGAACUAAUGGAUUCUGCUCGUUGCCCGAAGAUGUAGACGUAGAACUAGCCAAACAAAUGAAUGAUUUGGGCCUUCCUCUCUCUUUCCGGACUAAUAAAGAGACAAGAUAUGGCAUGACUAGUGGAAAAGUGAAGGGCUCAAGAAAGAGCAAUCAGCGGAAUCCUAUUGAGAUUGAUGAAUACAUGCCGGAUCCAACAAAAGGGAGUGAGGAGGAGAGUAGGUCCCCUGCUAGUGUGCUUAAUACUUCUGAAAUGCUAGACCAAAGUGAUAAACUAAAGAACGAAAUUCUAGCAGACAUAGGCUGUUUGCCUGACCUAUCUCUUGAACAGGGGGGUUCACUGAUUUCCGAUGCUUGUGCCAGCACCUUCAGCAACGAACGUGAAUUUAAUGGUGAGACAUCGAAACUCGAAUUUGAUGCCUGUGUUGGUUGCAUUUCUGGACUUGGUAACGAUUUGUUGUAUGAAUCCAAGUCUAUCCCUUUCACAAAUGAGAUGGUGGCAGAAGGAAACUGCUUAAGAAAUGAGGUUGCUUAUUGUGAUUGGAAGGAAAUAAAUGGAGAACCGAACUCUCUCCAUCAGGAGGCCUCUUUGAUGAUGGACAAUAGCGCUGAUGGCCGAUCAAAUGAUAUGAAUUCGGAGGUGAUAAAGGAUUUGGAUGUUGCUCCGUAUGCACAGCUUUCUGAACAAGCUGAUUCCGAAAUGAUUUCUGGCUCUGGAGAAUGGGUAGCAUAUUGGGAUGAUUUUCACAUGAGGACCUACUUCUACAAUGCUGCGAUGCAGGAAUCAACAUGGGACCCUCCUCCUGGGAUGGAACGCCUUGUAUAUAGUAAUGUUGCUGAGGAGUCUACUAGUGCAGUGCCUGGGCUGUCGGAACUGGUUAACGAUGAAAUGGAUAUCAAGAUGUCUGAAGAGGUUCAAGCUUCUUGUGAUGUACAAUUGGUCCACGGUUUGGCUAAAGAAUCGGCAAACGGUGCUCAUUCAUUAGGUCAACAGUUGGAUGAGAUAUCCGGUGAUUGGGUUUCAGCUGAUAACGUCUCCAGCACAAACACUACGAAUAAGAAAAAGAAAGCAAGAAAAACAAAAUCAAAGAGGAAAUUAUCCAUCUCAAGUGAAGAUCAUGUAGGAGUUCCGGACGAGCUUCCCUCUAGUAUUAGCAAAUACUGGUGGCAGAGGUACCUGUUAUUCUCCAGAUUUGAUAAUGGCAUUAAGAUGGAUGAAGAAGGAUGGUUUUCUGUCACACCAGAGACCUUAGCCAAACAUCAUGCAGAGCGCUGUGGUCGUGGUGCUAUAGUCGAUUUUUUCACUGGAGUCGGUGGGAAUGCUAUUCAAUUUGCGCAACGGAGUAGACAUGUUAUUGCAAUAGACAUCGACCCUAUUAAAAUUGACUAUGCAAGACAUAAUGCAGCAUUGUAUGGAGUCGAUGACAGAAUAGAUUUCAUUAAGGGCGACUCCUUUUCUUUGGCCCCUAAAUUAAAGGCAGAUACGGUAUUUUGUUCUCCACCUUGGGGAGGUCCUGAUUAUUUCAAAGCAACGAAAUUCGACAUCAGCUCUAUGCUUAAGCCUCGUGAUGGGAAAUCUCUCUUCGAUGCUGGAAAGCGAAUUGCUCCCAGGAUUGUCAUGUUUCUCCCAAAAAAUGUCGAUAUAAACCAACUUGCAGAGUUAUCUUUAUCAGCUGUGCCUCCGUGGUCUUUGGAGGUGGAAAGGAACUACUUGAAUGGCAGAUUGAAGGCUGUGACGGCGUAUUUUUGUGAUCCCUCCACAUCUUUAUAACAAGUCGGAAUUAUUGGUGUGAUUCAAACUCGAGAUCUCUCAACGUUCAUGUGCCGCUUAAUAGCAGGGUUUCUUCAUUUGUCGUUUAGAGAAAAAAUGUGAAAUAUUUGAUGUGAAUAUUGAAUUUUGUUGAUGCAUAGUAUAUGUAUACGAGAAAAACUAAUGUGAUGUUUAGGUUAUUACAAUCUGUAUUUGACCGUGAGAUAUAGAAGCUAGCAAAUACACUGCAAUUUAAAUAUUUUCUAACAAAGUACAAAGAUGGUUGUUAUUUUC